CCUAGUUUCAGUUCUUCUUGAUAUCUAAAGUAUACGGUCAUCAUGGCGUUCAUCGUAUUGUUGUUAAUUUCAUCUUGUUUAAUUCACAAUGUGUUCACUAAGGACAAACCAGACUGUAACCUUGAGCGUGCAGAACUAGAGCGUUAUGUCGAGAACCUCGUGGAAACGAAACUGGGGGAGAAAGCCGCGUCACGUGACAAGGAGAUGGCAAUUCUGAAAGAACGCUUACAACAUGCUGAACGCCGCUAUCAGGAGCAACGUUCAAUUAUAGAAGCCUUGUCCAAGGACAAAAUGCCGCCCAUGUCUCCUUCAAAACGAAAUUUAUUUCCAGAUGCUGGUUCCCCAAUCGGUUUCAUGGCAUGCGUGAGCCCACCAGAUCUCGUCAAUUUAGGCGACAAACAUAUCAUUCUCUUCGACAAGGUGAUCACCAACACUGGCGGGGCUUAUCAUGGCCACACCGGGAUAUUUAUAGCUCCAACAAAAGGUCUAUAUGAAUUCUAUCUGACGGCAAUGUCCAUGCCUGGUAAACACCAGUACUUGUCGUUUGUUAAGGAUGGUACCGUUAUAAGCUACUUGUAUCCAGAUGCGUAUAGCUCAUCAGCAUCCGUAGAAACUGCCGGGAACCAGUGGGUCGUUGAGUUGGAUCAAGGCUCUGAGGUGUGGAUACAAACUUACGUAGCUGGUGAAAUUCAUGGAAACUGUUUUACGACCUUUUCAGGCUUUCUAAUAAGUGAAAUGGAAUGAUUGUAUUGGAAUUUAAGCAGGAAAUAAA